CCAAAAACGCAGCUUUUAAUUGCAAAAAGUAAAAAGGGCAUGAUGAGAGCAAAAUCUGAGAUCAUUUUGUAACUAUUUCCCUAUCUGAACGAACUUCACCGAUCAACGACCUUCCUUACCAACCACCGCUCGAGAUUCAAGCAGACAAAAAAAGAGAAAGGUUCGGUUUUUCUUUCUGGGUUAAUCAGUUUCGUCGCAUUGCAAUCAUCUAUGCCCUGUUUCGUCCUUCAAAGAUGGGUGAAUCUCCGGAUCUCGUAAGCGAUCUACCACAGAGCAUACUCGAGAACAUCCUCACUCGUCUUUCAAUCAGAGACGCGAUCAGAACGAGCGUCCUAUCCACCAAAUGGAGAUACAAAUGGUCAACACUCACCGACCUCAUGUUCGACGAGAAAUGCGUCCCCGCCGCCACCGACCGCCCCCUCGUCGAGACCAAUCUCGUCAGAUUCAUCACAGGAGUCCUCCUCCUCCACCAAGGCCCCAUCCACAAGUUCCAGCUCUCCACUUCCUUCUUGCAAUGCCGUCCCGACAUCGACCAGUGGCUCCUCUUCCUCUCCAGGAACGGGAUCAAGGAGCUCGUCCUCGAGUUAGGAGAAGGUGAGUUCAGGGUCCCUUCUUGUCUCUUCAAAUGUUUGAAACUCACCCGUUUGGAGCUCUGUCACUGCGAGUUCGACCCGCCAAAGUCUUUCACAGGGUUCUCGUAUCUCAAGUCUCUUAACCUCCACCAGAUCCUCGUGUCUCCAGAGGCCAUUGAGAGUCUGAUCUCUGGAUGUCCGCUUCUCGAGUUCUUGUCUCUGUCUUACUUCGACAGUUUGGUGCUGAGCAUAUCGGCUCCGAAUCUCAUGUACUUGUAUCUAGACGGCGAGUUCAAAGACAUUUUCUUGGAGAACACGCCUAAGCUCGUCGCGAUAUCGGUUUCCAUGUACAUGCAUGAGGAUGUUUCUGAUUUUGAGCAGAGUUCGGAUUAUAAUCUUGUUAAGUUCCUUGGUGGUGUGCCCCUUCUUGAGAAGCUCGUUGGUUAUAUCUACUUCACUAAGUACUUGAGCAUAGGAGAUGACCCGGGAAGGCUUCCGAUUACUUACAUUCAUCUCAAGACUAUAGAGCUUUACCAAGUAAGUUUUGAAGAUGCAAGUGAGGUACUAGUUCUUCUACGUUUGGUCACUCACUCACCUAACCUCAAAGAGCUCAAAGUUUCGGCUUCACCAAUCCAACUGUUUCCUCUAGAAGAAGAAAGUUUCGACCUUUUCGAAAGAGACUAUUUCGAGUACAAACUCCCGAGGCUAGAAACGGUGAGGAUGACAGACGUUUCUGGGAUCAGGAACGAGUUGGAGUUUAUCAGAUUCUUGCUUGGAACUUCACCGGUUCUGGAGACGGUUAUCGUAACGUCGAGUUUGUCAGAUAAAGAUGCGAGGAUGGAGAUGGUUGUGGAAUUGCUCAGGUUCCCGCGUGUCUCUCCACGAGCACAGUUACUCUUCCUUCAAGAUUAAAGUCGGUUUAACUACUCUCUCUCUCUGUGUAUGUGCAUUUGAGGGUUUUGAAAAUAAUAAUAUGAUGGGAGGUGAAGUUUUUGAUGUAGUAGUCUGACCAAAGAUGGAUGAUUAAAAAUAAAGAGAGUUAAUAAUGGUUGCAAGAGACUUUUGUUAUACAAUGUAAAGAUUACAUUAUCAAAUCAUAAAAAGCAAGAAAUUCAAAACUUCA